AUGGCUGUAGGAGAAAAAAAACGAAUAUUUACAAGUCGUUCUGAAGGUGCUCUAUUAGGUCAUUAUUUAUUUUUAGCUGAAACAACAUAUAUAUCAAAUACACCAGGUUUUUUAAUAAUAACAACAAUAAAUGAACAUGAAUGUAAAUGUAUUUGUUCAACAAAUAAACAAUGUCUUUCAAUGACUUAUCAUUUAUUAGAUUCAACUUGUACAUUAUACGCAAAUGAUCCAUGUGAUACACGAAAUUGGCAAACAAAUUCUGAUAUAAACUUUUAUAUAAAUAUAAAACGUUUAAAAUAUCGUUUAUUUGAAAAACCUGAACAAGAUCAAUUAUUAAAACGUUUAUCAAAUUCAUUAUUAUGUGGAAAUAUGAAUGUAUUUAAUUCUGAACGACGAUGGUUAUUUGUUGUUAAAAUUAGUGGACAAUCAAAAGUUAAUUUUAAUGGUUUAAAUUUUAAUAAUGCACCAAAUCAAGUUGCACCAAGUCCAUGGUAUACAACACCAUAUGAAACUAUUUGGAAUAGUAUUCUUAUGCAUCAAUGGUAA